UCCUAUCGUACUAUCGUAACGGUGAACAAAAUAGGCCAGGAUGGAAAAUGCAUUUGCGCCUAUAAGCGAAGCGUGCGUUAAGGCACUCAGUGAUAAAACAUACGAUAAGAGGAAAAUGGCAGCGCUUGAAAUUGAAAAAAUGGUUACUGAUUUUAAUGCCAAAAAAAAUAUGACCCAGGUUAAGCGUAUCAUCGACGUAUUGAGCAAAGAUUUCGUUCGCUCGAACGAUCUGAACAAAAAGAAGGGUGGUUUGAUUGCGCUCGCAGCCACUAGCAUCGCAUUAGGCAAAGAGACGGAGCGGUUCAUCGAGGAUAUCGUAAACCCCAUUCUAAAUUGUCUGAUUGACAGUGAUAUGCGGGUGCGCUACUUUGCGAGCGAAUCGCUGUACAACGUGGUAAAGGUAUCGCGUGGCUCAGUGUUACCCUUUUUUCCCAGUCUAUUUAACGCCCUCAGUCGAUUGGUUAUUGAUCCGGAUCAGAACAUCAAGAACGGUAGCGAAAUUCUCGACCGUUUGUUGAAAGACAUCGUGAUCGAGUCGUCGCAGACGUUCGAUCUGGACGCAUUCAUACCGUUGGUUCGCGAGCGAAUAAUGGUGAAGAGUUCGUUUGCCCGGCAAUUCAUCAUAUCAUGGAUCUCGGUGCUGAAUGCGGUUCCGGAGAUCAACAUGGUCAUGUACUUGCCCGAGAUUCUGCACGGACUGUUCCAGAUGCUGGAAGAUCCGCUGCCCGAAAUACAACGCAUGUGCGAAUCGCUGCUUGCGCAAUUUCUGAAGAUCAUCAAGGCAGAUCCGGGGGCUGCAGACAUUCCUAAGAUGACGAACGUGCUAAUCGUGCAGGCGCAAUCAAACAAUACAUUGAUUCAAUUUUAUGCUAUCAACUGGAUCAAGGAGUUUGUCCAGUUGUACCGCGGAGAGAUACUGCAGUUUGCUAGUGGAAUAUUCACCGCGAUAUUGCCUUGUUUGGCGUUCGAGAGUGACGCGAAAAAGAGUAUCAAAGACUGUGCGAACGCCGUCAAUUUGCAUCUGCUCGAGCUGGUGUCGGGUGUUGGCGAAGAUAAGCAGCGUAACCUUAGCUUCCUGGAAUUAAAUUCAGUGAUGGAGGUGCUUCGCCAGUACUUGGUGCACAGUCCGGUACCGACAAAAAUCGCGGUACUAAAGUGGGUGCACCAUCUGUUUACUGAAGUGCAUGACGAAAUGUCCGAGCAUGCGAACAAACUGUUUCCGGUACUGUUACGCGACUGCCUCUCGGACAGCUCGGAUGAGGUCGUACUGCAGGCGAUCGUUGUGCUGGCGGAGAUCGUCAACUCGGCUACGGUACAGGGCAACUACUACUAUAAACCGCAGUAUCGAACGUUCCUAGGCGAGUUGCUCAGUCUGUUCAGCGACAACAACGCGUUUCUGGAGAAACGCGGUACGCUCAUUAUACGCCAACUGUGCCGUCUGUUAAACGCCGAAUACAUAUACCGAACAUUCGCCGAGAUUUUACUUAGAGAACCCACCGGCCUAGCUACAACCAUGGUGCGAACGCUCAACAUGAUACUGCUCACGACGUCCGAUCUUUUCGACCUACGCAAUAUGUUGCGCGAUAUUCGCAAUCAGCAAUCUGCGUCACUGUUCGACUGCCUUUACAGGUGCUGGGCACAUUGUCCGGUAUCAACGCUGUCUCUGUGCCUGCUUGCCCAGUGUUAUCAGCACGCUUUAGAGAUCGUGAAUCUCUUUGCGAGCAUGGAGAUAACGGUUGAUUUUCUCGUUGAAGUAGACAAAAUGGUUCAGCUCAUCGAAUCUCCAAUAUUUACUUCGCUCCGCCUAACAUUGAUUACACAUUCGAACGAAAAUGCCGACGCUCAGCAUUUGUCACGUGCACUUUACGGCAUUCUGAUGCUGCUGCCGCAAACGGAAGCAUUCCAUUUACUCAACAAUCGGUUACAGUGUGUGCCCAACUAUUGGGGCCAGCCUAACAAAAUCAGCAACUCCAAGUCCUCAAUUCAGAGCCAAGGAAAAGUUAAGUUUGAUGAUUUAUUCACCUAUUUCAAGGAAAUGCAAGAAAUAAUUCAUCAGAAACGCGUUGAAAAGCGCAAGAAGAACCAAUUUUAAACGGAGUAGAA